CAGCUCCCCGCUUUGCAGAGGAAGGACCCGCUUUUUUCCCCCACCGCGCGCUGCGUCUGCGGCUCCUUCUGCAACCCGAUAAGAGAUGGAAGAGCAAGACUCUGCCGCCCUCGAAGCAGGAAGACAGCCUGAUAGCAUCAUGACUGGGAGCACUGGGGAAAUUUGGGUUGGAAGCAGACACAAGACAUUGAGGCAGAACAUCCAUGGUUCAGAUGUGCACAGCCAACAGUUUAGGCACUUCCAGUACCAGGAGGCCAAGGGACCACGGGAUAUUUGCAGCCGACUCCACCAUCUCUGCUGUCAGUGGCUGAAGCCGGGGAGACACACCAAGGCUCAGAUCCUGGAUUUAGUUAUCUUGGAGCAGUUCCUGGCUGUCCUCCCCCCAGAGAUGGAGAACUGGGUGAGGGAAUGCGGAGCGGAGACCAGCUCCCAGGCGGUGGCCCUGGCCGAAGGUUUCCUCCUGAGCCGGGCAGAGGAGAAGAAGCAGGAAGAGCAGCAGGUAAAGGGUCUGUUUGCUGAAAUGGGAGGUGAUUCCCCUGCAGCCGAGACGACUCCAUCAGACCCCAGACAGAAGCCAUUGGGCGAGGGAAUGAAGCGGCCAAGACAUCCUCAUUCAUUUCCUCUUUGUGGCGGAGGAGAAGGAGCCGCUGUGGAAUCGGAUCAGGGUCCAGUGUCCUUUGAGGAUGUGGCUGUACAUUUCACAGAAGAAGAGUGGGCUGUGUUGGAUCCUGACCAGAGAGCUCUGCACAAGGAAGUCAUGGAGGAAAAUAGAGGCAUUGUGGCCUUUCUGGGUGACAAAUCAAAAACCAACAAUAAAGGAAAACGAGUUGGAAAAGAGUCACUGGAAAGAUGCUCAAAGAAGGGAAAGCAAAGAAGGAAAACUGAAGCAGAGAAGAUGGAAAGGAAUACACCCCCAGCCUCUCAGGGUAGUAACUACAAUGAAAUUGCAGUCAAAGAAAAAACAGAUAUAAGAAGCAAAAAGAAGUGUCGGGAUUAUUGGAAAAUUUUCGGUUCUAAAAGAAAAUGUAAAGCACAUUGCCAAAACUGCAAAGGGGAGAAACCAUAUAAAUGCUUUGAGUGUGGAAAGAGCUUCACGAGAAACUCCGCACUCAUUUUCCAUCGAGGAAUUCAUAAUGGAGAGAAACCAUAUAAAUGCUUGGAAUGUGGAAAGAGCAUUAGUUGCAAGCAGGGACUUAGUUAUCAUCAAAGAAUUCACACAGGGGAGAAACCGUAUCAGUGUAUGGACUGUGGAAAAAGCUUCACUCGGAAGAUAUAUCUUACUAAUCACCAAAUGAUUCACACAGGGGAGAAGUCUUAUAAGUGCCUGGAAUGUGGAAAAGGCUUCGCUCAGAGCUCCAGGCUCACUUCCCAUCAGAGAAUUCACGUUGGGGAGAAACCAUAUAAAUGCCUGGAGUGUGGAAAGGGCUUCAGCGGCAAAAAGAGCGUCACUUAUCAUCAAAGAAUUCACACAGGAGAGAAACCAUAUAAAUGCUUAGAAUGUGAAAAGAGCUUCAUGCAUAAGGCAAGCCUCACUUUUCAUCAGAGAACUCACACAGGGGAGAAACCAUAUAAAUGCUUGAAUUGUGGGAAAAGCUUCACCCAUAAGACAAGUCUCACUUUGCAUCAGAGAACUCACACAGGGGAGAAACCCUAUACGUGCUUGGAAUGUGGAAAGAGCUUCCCUCGGAGUGGUGAGCUUUCUUCCCAUCAGAGAAUUCAUACAGGGGAGAAACCGUUUGAAUGUUUGGAAUGUGGAAAGAGCUUCCGUCACAGUUCUAGCCUUUCUUCCCAUCAGAGAAUUCAUACAGGGGAAAAGCCACAUAAAUGUUUGGCGUGUGGAAAGAGCUUCACUCGGAAGGUACAUCUUACUAAUCAUCAGAGAAUCCACACUGGGGAGAAACCAUAUAAAUGCUUGGAAUGUGGAAGCAGCUUUAUUUCCAAACACAGACUCACUUCCCAUGGAAGAAUCCACACACAGGACUUACCGUAUAAGUGCAUGGAAUGUGGGAAGAGCUUCAUCUUGAAGCAAAGUCUCACCUCCCAUCUACGAAUUCACAGUGGGGUGAAGCCAUACAAAUGCUUCCAAUGCGGAAAGAGCUUCAGUGGGAAGGCCCACCUUAGUUCUCAUGAAAGAAUUCACACAGGGGAGAAACCAUAUAAAUGUUCUGAGUGUGGAAAGGGCUUCAAAGACGGUUCUAGCCUUCUCUUCCAUAAAACAAUUCACACCGGGGAGAAACCGUACGAAUGCUUGGUGUGUGGAAAGGGGUUCAGAGACAAAUCUCACCUUACGAAACACAAAAGAAUUCACACAGAGGAGAAGCCAUAUAAAUGCUUAGAAUGUGGAAGGAACUUCAGCUGCAAGAAAAGUAUCCGUAAUCACCAAAGAAUUCACAUAGGUAAGAAAGACUUGGUUGCAAAGAGACUAAUGAGAACAGCCUUUGUCCUGAGAAAUAGACCAAAAAAGGCUGAGGCUUCCUUGGUGCCCAGAUCAAAUAUGGCUGCCCUUGAAGUGGGAAGAGACCACAAUUCUAUCAAGAUUUGGAGCAGUGGGAGAUUCUGGGAAAGAGCCGCACAGGAGAUCCUGGUCGAGGAGAAUGCCCUCAGCUCAGACAUAGAGUGCCAGCGUUUCAGGCGAUUCCGCUACCAGGAGGCCAAGGGACCCCGAGAGGUUUGCAGCCGACUCCACCGCCUUUGCCGUUUGUGGCUGAAGCCAGAGCGACACACCAAGGCUCAGAUCCUGGACCUGGUGAUCCUGGAGCAGUUCCUGGCUGUCCUCCCUCCAGAGAUGGAGAACUGGGUGAGGGAAUGUGGAGCGGAGACCAGUUCCCAGGCGGUGGCCCUGGCCGAAGGUUUCCUCCUGAGCUGGGCAGAGGGCAGGAAGCAGGAAGAGCAGCAGUUUCGGGUAAAGGAUCCAGCGACAGAAAUGAGGACUGAUUUCCCUAAAGCAGAGAGGGCUCCGUCCGUCAAAGGUCAGAGCUCACCAGGUGACAGAAUGAAGCCACACAUACCUGCUCAAACAUCUCUUCUUUGCGGUGUUGAAGAAGGAGCAGCUGUGAAACCAGAUCAGGGUUCGGUAUCCUUUGAGGAUGUGGCUGUGUGGUUCACAGAAGAGGAGUGGGAUCUGCUGGAUCCUGACCAGAGAGCUCUGCAUAACCAAGUCAUGGAGGAGAGCCUUUGGAUUCUGUCCUCUCUCGAAGGUGGCGAAUGGGAAACCCAGAAUAAGGGAGAUCUGCUUGGGAAAGAGACAUCGGAAAGGGAGGGACGUGAAGGGAAGAGGAGAAAUAAAUCGUCCGCUUCUCGGGGAUGUGACUACCGUGAAAUUGCAGCCCGAGAAGAAACGGAUGAGAGAAAGGAAACAGGGAUACCCCGUGUGAACAGGGGGAGUCGCAGUUCUAAAAGGGGACGUAAACCCAGCGUCAAAACCCGCCCAAGGGAGAAUUCUUACGAGCACUCAGAGUGUGGAACAAGCAUCAUUCGUGUCACUUCCCUUCAAGGAAUUCACAGCACAGAGAAACCCUAUAUUUGCGCCGAGUGUGGGAAAAGCUUCCCUUACACUUCUGGCCUUAUUUCUCACCGAAGGGUUCACACGGGGGAGAAGCCAUACCGGUGCUUGGAAUGUGGAAAGACCUUCAGCCAGAAGAAACACCUCACCAACCACCGGGCGAUUCACGCGGAGGAAAAACUGUACCGGUGCCUGGAGUGCGGGCGGAGCUUCAACUGCCGCUAUAAUCUGAUUCGGCACCAGAGGAUCCACACCGGGGAGAAACCGUAUCAAUGCCCGGAUUGUGGGAGGGGCUUCCGGCACAGCUCCACCCUCUCUUCCCACCAGAGACUUCACACCGGAGAGAAACCGUAUCCGUGCCCCGAGUGCGGGAAGCGCUUCAGGGAUCGGUCUCACCUGUAUUCCCACCAGAAAGUUCACACGGGAGAGAAACCGUACGCUUGUCUGGAAUGCGGGAAGCGCUUCUACCAGAAGAAGCACCUACGUAAACAUCAGGUAAUUCACACAGAGGUGAAGCCGCACAGGUGCUUGGAGUGCGGAAAGGGCUUCCGCUGCCGUUUCAAGCUAACCCGCCACCAAAGGACCCACAUGGGGGAGAAGCAGUAUCGGUGCUUGGAGUGCGGAAAGAUCUUCAAAUGCAGCGCCGCCCUUUGUUCCCAUGAAAGGAUCCACACGGGAGAGAAGCCGUUUCAGUGCCCCGAGUGCGGGAAGGCCUUCAGAGCGAAGUCCCACCUGUAUUCCCACAAAAGGAUUCACACGGGGGAGAAACCGUACCCGUGUCUGGAAUGCGGGAAGGCCUUCCGGAGGCAGGAGCACCUCGCCAACCACCAAGCGUUGGUUCACACGGCGAAUAAGCCCUAUAAAUGCCUGGAGUGCGGAAAGAGCUUCAGCCAGGCUAUUUACCUCACAUACCAUCAGAGCAUUCACACGGGGGAUAAAUCGUAUCCGUGCUUGGAGUGUGGGAAGAGCUUCUACAGCCAGAAAAGCCUCAGUUCCCAUCAAAGAGCUCACAAAAGGGACUGCAAGAUCAAACCUCUCCAUUCUGAAGGAAAUCAGCCCUGAGUGCUCACGGGAAGGACAGAUCGUGAAGCUGAGGC